AUAUUUGAUGCGAGAAUGGUCCUGUACAAGAAGUCUGGCAAUCACCAACUAAGAGGCUUCGCUUUGGCCGCUAUAGCAUGGAUACUGUGUAGUACAUCUAUGGGCCUUCCAGAAUGGCAAAUAUGGUACUUGGAGAACCCUGUGCUUUCCUACACAAGUAUGGCUUUUGUGGGUAUGUGGGGGGCCUCUGUCUGCCACCACAACAACUCCAGCCAUGUGAGAGUUUGCCAUUACUACAACUACCGUGAUGCCCUUGUUCCUUUGGACAUCCGUGUGGCUCAACAUCUGCUCUUGGUUGCAAGCAUUGUUGGUCUGGUUGGGGCAGUUUGUGCUGUCUUUGGUUUACAGCAGUUAUACACAGAGAAGCUGCAGAAGAAUGAGGACUGCAAUCCAUUUGUUCUUUCAGCUAUUCUCAACGCUAUUGCUAGCAUCUUUAUUUUUCUUGCUGUUAUGUGUAAUUACUUCACUGUGCAAAGCAAGGACAGGGUAUGUUUUCUACCCUCUUUCCAAUUGCCACUUUUCCCUUAUGCUCAAAAAGCAGGCAGUGCCAUAAGAGUGGCAUGCAUAUCUGGAAUAUUGUUUUUAUUAAGUGCUAUAAUUUUUAUUACUUACUCUCCUUCGAUGGAAAGCAAAAUGCUUCCCCAUGUUUGA